AUACGCUCAGUAUGGUUCUGAUUUCGUUGCGAGUGGUCAUGUGUCCGGUUACCACAAUUUUGUUGGGUUUGGUUGGGCUGUUUGCCCUGGUGUACAUCUUUUUGACAUGGAACUUCAACUACUGGAAAAAGCGUGGAAUACCAAGUGCGAAGGCAUGGCCUUUUGUUGGCAGUUUCCCCAGUGUAUUCACCCAGAAGCGGAACAUGGUAUAUGACAUUGAGGACGUCUAUAAUCAAUACAAGGACUCCGAUAGCAUUGUGGGUUUGUUCAAUACUCGUCUUCCGCAACUGAUGGUCACAACACCGGAGUAUGCUCAUAAAAUAUAUGCCAGCGACUUUCGCAGUUUCCAUGAUAAUGAAAUGGGUUUGUUUACUAAUAAGAAGGUGGACAGGAUAUUGGCCAACAAUCCAUUCGUACUGUCAGGAAAUGAGUGGAAAGAGAGACGCGCGGAAGUAACGCCAGGACUUUCAGCAAAUCGGGUCAAAGCUGUCUAUCCUGUUUCCCAAGAUGUGUGCAAAAAGUUUGUGGACUAUAUAAAAAAACAAAGCAAGAUGGCACCCUCAGAUGGUUUAAAUGCCAAGGAUCUGUGUCUGUGCUACACCACCGAAGUGGUAUCGGAUUGUGUCCUGGGAAUCUCGGCCCAGAGUUUCACGGAUAACCCAACACCUCUGGUUGGAAUGAUCAAAAGAGUUUUCGAUCAGUCAUUUGGCUUCAUAUUCUUCACUGUGGUGGCCAAUCUGUGGCCUCCAAUCAGGAAGUUCUACACCGUUCCUUUUUUUACCAAGGAUGUUGAGAACUUCUUCUUCGACAUCAUGAAGAAGUGCAUUCUUUUAAGGAAAGAGAAUCCAGUGCAGCAACGCGAUGACUUCCUCAAUUACAUGUUAACCCUCCAGGAAAAAAAAGGCUUAGAGACCGUAGAGUUGACCUCGCAUACGAUGACUUUCCUUACGGACGGAUUCGAGACAACGGCUGGAACUCUGGCCCACAUGCUGUUGUUGCUGGCACGUAAUCCCGAGACGAUUCGAAAGUUAAGGGAAGAGAUAGGCACCAAGAACCUAAGCUUCGAGGAGCUGAGCGAACUGCCCUACAUGGAAGCCUGCAUUCAUGAAACCUUGAGACUUUUUCCGCCUGUUUUGGCUGCACGGAAGGUAGUAACCGAAGAGUAUGAAUUUGUCAACAAAAAUGGUGUCAAAGUUAAAGUUUACCCCGGAGAAGUAGUCAUUGUUCCAGUCAGUUCCCUUCAAAAGGAUCCUCAAUACUUUGAAGAACCGGAUAAAUUCAAGCCAGAACGAUUCUUGGAAUCCAAUGGAGGAUCCAAAAAGUACAGAGAUCAAGGCAUUUACUUUGGCUUUGGUGAUGGUCCCCGCAUUUGCCCGGGCAUGAAAUUUGCUUUGACCCAACUCAAGUCGGCUAUGGUAGAAAUAGUCCGCAACUUUGACUUUAAAGUUAAUCCAAAAACGCGCACUGACAAUCAAUUCGACGAUACAUAUUUCAUGGCCGCUUUAAAAGGAGGCAUUUGGCUGGAUUUUAAGGAGCUGAAAUAACAAAUACCUUCGCAAAUAAUUUAAUAAUGACUUCUCUCAAAUUGAAAAAAAAAACUAGGAGAGAAAGCUAGCCUUCUUUAUGUUCAUGUGAUUUUGAUAAGAAAAGAAAAACAAUUAAAAUAUGAGCUAUAUGUAUAGCAUUCCCAAAAUCCAAACCUCUACGCCACCUCUACGCCAAACACACGUAGAGGUCAGGAAUAAAGAGAAUUUCAAUUUCA